AUGCCUUGCUCUGAGUGCUUCAGAGGCCACAGCCAUGAUGGCCAACCGACUGGAGAAGUCCAGCAAAUGUUUGGACGGCUAACUUAUGUUGCUUCUCCACCAGAUAAUAAGCCAGCUAAGGGCAUUAUUGUCAUCGUUCCUGAUGCAUUUGGAUGGGGCUUUGUGAACAACAGGCUUCUUGCUGAUCAAUAUGCUUUGAAUGGCGAUUUCUUGGUCUACCUUCCAGAUUUCAUGGAUGGUAGAUCGGCCCCAACAUGGCUUCUUGACAUCGUCGGCCCUCCGUUUGCACGAGGUCCUCAGCAACGCAUCGGGGCCGCAGGAUUCUGCUGGGGCGGCAAACCCGUGCUGACUCUGGCGCAUCCAGAAUCUCUUACUGAAGAUGGCAUUCCGCUUGUUGAUGCUGUUUUUACAGGCCAUCCAAGUGGCAUGUCGCUGCCUGGGGAUGCAGAGCCAAUUGUAAGACCUGUCUCAGUUGCUAUCGGAGAUAGAGAUAUUGUUACGUCCAUGUCUCAGUUUAAUGUGAUGAAAGAGACUUGGAAGGAUCUGGAUACUCCUACAGAGGUGGUGGUGUAUCCUGGAGCCGGGCACGGAUUCUGCGUGCGGGUAAAUGAGAAGAACAAGAAUCUCUUUCAGCAGAGCAAAGAGGCGGAAAAACAGGCUUUGGAUUGGUUUGCGAUGCAUUUUGGUUAA